CCUCUCAUCAAUCCGCAACUGACCUUACUUACAAUACAAAUACGUUUUCAGUUUGAUACUAUUGACCACCUUUUCUUGCCUUCAAAACUGUUGUUUUUCUAUACACUGUGCUCUUUCACUGUUACUGCUUUUUACCACGCAGCAUAAACAAAGUCAAGUUCUUCGACCGUGUCUUGGUUAAUAUGCAAAAAUACCCAGCAUAGCAUAGUGAUAUGCUCACCAACACUGCUCUUAACCCACUCAGGGUCGCAAAGCAACGCAUAACUUCAUAUGCAUCACAAUUGAGCAGUUACUCGGACGAUGUCGACAAUAUUGAUAUCGAGAAGCGCAGGAUUUCCCUGUCUGAGUCGGAAGCUUCAGGCUCCCCACGCACAUCCUCCACAAUGUCUUCGCGAAACACGUCGCAAGCAUUCGAACCAAUGCUUCGAAGCUCCCCCGUACGACGACCAAAAGCUAGAUCAGACUAUGCCCGAUCCUACCCACGGAUGCCAAUGAGAUUGACCUGUUAUACACUUCCCCCGCGCUGGUCAUCAAGGCUCUUUUCAUUCGGCCUUCUUGCUAUUCUUAUACUGUUUAUCACAAGCUUAGCAAGAUCGCAUUGGUCGAGCAUAAAGAUUGUGGAGAGCCUAGAGCACAAACCUGCUCCUCCGCCACCUGCAUGGGAGGCAUUUCCAUUCUUGAAAAGAUAUCAUGGAGGAAUACGAACGUUGGUUGCCAAAUCGGAGAAUAGUCCUGAGUAUCCUCAAUCAGCUGGAAGCGAGUCGAAAGGCGCGCUCCAAGAAAGUGGGCAUCAGCAUCAAAAUUCAGAGAAGGCACGUGGAACGAUCGUGCCAAGUUUGACAUUUGAUCCUUUUGGGCAGAAGAGGAGCAAAAUAGUGCCGUGCUUCCUAGAUGAGGAGAAAGGCAUUCGUCCCCCGGAUCUUCAGGUGUACCCUGGUGUGCCAUCGGGUAUGCCGGAACCUGUAAUGGGAUCAUACGCUCUGCUAGGCCUUCGAGACGAUGUAUGCUUCGAUAGGUACGGUCGAUUAGGCCCGUAUGGGUUCGGCUACAGCAAGAAAAUGGGAGGAACUGGUACGGGCAUGGAUGGCGAUCGCGAAGGCAUCGAAGCCAUAUGGGCGAAGGAUGACUACGUUGAUUACAGCAAGGUCAAAUGGGCCCAAGCAAUUAAACGCUGCGAGGCUGCCAACAAGCAUCGUUUUGAGCCUUUGCCUUCGACUCAACGUGCUAAUUUUUACCAGACAAUGGGAAUUGGAGGGCCGGAGGACGAGGAGCCGCAGAAAGAGGACCAUAGGAAGAACAUACUUGCAGAGGAAACUCCUCCCUUUGCGAAAAACCGUACUCUCCCGCGCACGGCUGUCGUUAUCCGGACUUGGACCGGUUACGAAUAUGAUAAUGAGGAUCUGUUUUACUUGCGCUCUCUCGUUGCAGAACUUUCGCUUGCAUCUGGCGGCGAAUAUAGCGUCCACUUCCUCGUUCACGUCAAGGACAACAAUAAACAGAUAUGGGCUGAUGACGCGACAUACCAACAGGUUCUUGAUGAUGCACUCCCUGCUGAAUUCAAAGGGAUGGGGACUCUGUGGAGCGAACGGCAGAUGGAGCUCAUUUAUGGUGGGCUAGAAGAAACGAACUAUCGGAAUCUAAAAGUGCAUGGCGUAUAUCGCAGUACUUUUCAACCUCUGCAGUACUUCGCAAAGCAGCAUCCGGAAUACGACUUUUACUGGCAGCUAGAAAUGGACAUGCGUUACACGGGACAUUGGUAUCACCUUUUCGAUCGUAUCUCGCAAUGGUCAGCACAACAACCACGAAAAGGUUUGUGGGAACGGGACGCACGUUUUUACAUUCCCAGCGAGCACGGCUCAUGGGAGGACUUCUCCCAUAUGGUUCGCGUGCAAACAGAGCAUGGAACUGCCUCGAAAGCCAAUAUGUAUGCACCUUUACAGAUCAAUCCUUCUGUUCCAGAGGAAGUAAAAGCUGAGCUCGAGCCAUCUAAACCCGAGAAGCCGAUAUGGGGACCAGAGCCGCCCAUAGAUGACCAGCUCGAUACGACAAACGAUCCCAAGCCGCCCACCUCCGAGAAGGAGGACAAGCAUGAAUGGGGGGUGGGUGAAGAAGCAGAUCUUAUUCUCUUUAACCCUAUUUUUGAUCCUGAAGGGACGAACUGGAUACUCGCCCAGGACGUAACAGGUUACAACAAAGAACACGGCCUCCCGCCUCGUCGCGUUGCGAUUAAUACCUUCGGGCGAUAUAGCAAAAAAUUGCUUUUGCAGAUGCAUGUAGACACACUUUUUGGUCGCAAGAGCAUGUUCUCGGAAAUGUACCCGGCAUCCACGUGCUUACAUCAUGGUUUCAAAGCCGUCUAUGCUCCUCAUCCCGUCUUCAUUGACCGCCGAUGGCCAACAUCUUAUCUUGCUAGCAUUUUCAAUGGUGGUCGCAAUGGCGCAGCAGGAGGGGCGCGACUGUCAGUCUUCAGCGAUGAAAGACAGCAUAAUUUCAGGGGUACGACUUGGUAUUAUGAUGCUGGAUUUGCACCAAAUCUUUGGAAGAGGUGGCUGGGAUUGAAGGUAGACAAUGAUGGCGGAGAGCAGGAAGAAGUCCUUGGAGAGGGCCGGAUGUGCCUUCCUGCCAUGAUGCUGCAUCCAGUGAAGCACGUCGAUCUUCGCGUCGAGAAGGUCAUCGGUGAUGAAGGCUGAUGUCGUUUUAUAGCUUUUUUAUUGCACGAAGGCGUUCUAUCAUGGAAUUGUUUGAACCGUAGUUUUGUGCGUCACGGAAUUGGUGCUUGCACCAUAGCAGAGUAUGCUCAUGCCCUAGCUAACAAAUCAGGACGUUCAGCUCAAGAAUUAGAGUAUUUGACAAAUCAAGCGCUUUAAACCCAAGUAAUUUCAGAUGUAUGCUAUAUGGAAUGCUGAGACUGGGUUCAAUUGACCAUCUUAAUGUGAUGUAGCCAUGUGAAG